AUGUCAAUGGUGGACGAAACUGACAACUCACCAGACUCAUCAUAAUAAUUUCAGUAAUCUAACCGAACUUGAAAGAUAUAAAAAACGAAAGUUGCUUAUUAUAGAAAGGAAAUAUGGCCAGUCCAAGAACCAGAAGAGUUUUAAAAGAUUUGAGGAUCAAAGAUGAGAGUAAUUCUUGUUUUGAAUGUGGAGCCCACAAUCCCCAGUGGGUGAGUGUCACCUAUGGAAUCUGGAUUUGUCUAGAAUGUUCUGGAAAGCAUAGAGGUUUGGGUGUUCAUCUCAGUUUUGUACGCUCUGUUUCUAUGGAUAAAUGGAAAGAUUCUGAGCUUGAAAAAAUGAAAGUAGGAGGAAACAGGAAAGCAAAAGAUUUUUUCAAGUCCCAGGCUGACUAUAGAGAGGGAAUGUCUAUGCACGAGAAGUACAAUUCCAAAGCUGCAGCACUGUACCGUGACAAGAUUGCUACAGAGGCUGAAGGCAGAACUUGGAGCAUCCAGACAUCAUCAGCAAGGAACUAUGUAGCAGCACUGCCACAAGCUGGACUAAAGACAUCGUCUAGCUCUAGUCGGAUGUACUCGGACAACACCAACACAGACUUUAGCUACUCCGAUAACCAGAGUUACCAGAAAGACAUGGCAAAUAGUGAUGAAUUUAAGAGGCAGAGGGAUGGUUUCUUUGAUAGAGUACAACAAGAGAACGCUCAGCGUCCAGAUAACCUGCCACCAAGCCAGGGAGGGAAGUAUGUCGGAUUUGGAAGCUCGGUGACUCCGACUAAAAGGGAUGAUGAUUUCUUUGAAAACACAUUUUCCUCUAUUCAAUCUGGAUGGUCAUCAUUUACAGUUGGAGCAUCUAAAAUGGCAGCCGUGGCUUCUGAAAAGGCAUCACACGUAGCCACCCUUACUGCAGCUAAGACCAAGGAACUCGGCCAAUCAGUCAACGAAACGGUCAUCAAACCCACUAAGGAUAAGGUAAAGGACGGAAAUUUGUUGAAUGACGUCGGCAGCUCCAUGAGUGGCUUUGCAUCAAAGCUGUCAUCUGCCAGUUCGAAAGGAUGGACCAAUUUCCAGUCUCUGUGGGGGGAACCUAAGACGACUUUGUCAUCUGUGGAUACCAGUCCAGGAGAGAAAUCCUCCCUUCUCACAGACAAUGCGUCCCCACAGAGAGAACCCAGUAAAAACAGACUUUUGUCGGAUGAGGAUUCAUGGGAUAGCUGGGAAGGAGACUGGCAAGAUGGUAAAAAAAACCAGAAGAAAUCACAAUCGAGUGAUUACAAUGAUCGGGGUAUGUCAGAGGACAGGAAUACUGAAGAGGACGAAUUUGAAGCAUGGCUGAACGAUGAGAAACCACUUCACUCAAAAUCCUCAAAACUGAAAAAGGAUGAGAAUGAAUGGGACAACUGGGGUGAAACAGAUAAAGCAAACAAAAGUAAAAAGUCUAGUCCUAAAAAUCACAAUAAAAAGUCUUCCAAGAUGUCUAGUAAGAGUAGCGAUGCCUGGGACGAUGCUGACUGGGGCGAUGGAUUCUCAUCCCCAAAGAAACAGAAGGAACCACUGGUCGGGAAUCUUGUGGAUCUUGGAGAGGACAUUUCCUCGCAACCUAAUGGAAACUCAGGCUGGGACAAUGAGGUUUGGGCAAAUGAUGAUGAUAUGGAUGAGUGGCAGAGCCUAGAUUUGGGCACAACAGAUUCUAGUAAACGGAAAUAAGUUAGUGAAGCUUCAUUGAAUAACAUUGGAUCAGUCUACAUAUUAACUUUGAUUGGGUUUUAAUGUGUUCAGUGUAUAUGCCAAAGUUGAAUGUGAUAAAAUGAAUUGUUAUUGCUUUGUGAGAAUGAUCUGUUGUGUAAAAGUGGAAACUGAACAGGGGGCCAAUCUGUUGUUUGAAGGGAUGGAUAUUGUUGAAGAUGGCUUACUGUUGUAGAACUGUUUAUUAAAUUAAAUCUGAUUAUGUUGCAUAUGUUAUGUAUAAUGAGAGAUUUUUUGUUGGUGUUGUGUAAAAAACCAAAAUGUCCUUUCCAGCUACCAAAUGGUAUGUGGCCUCUAACUUGAUCAGAGGGGAAAACAUUUUGAUCAAACAAAAAGUUUAAAAGACAUUUUUAUGUAGUUACUGCAGACAUUAUAUGCUACAUUUACUUAAGAUAGACAGAAUAGCUUUCUUGAUCAUAGAUCUUCACUGGAAAUCUUUUCUCAAGGUUCUAUCCAUGAUAUAUGUAUUUUCACAGCAUUUUUAGUUUAAUUUUUCAUAACCUCCAUAUGUCUGGCCUAUGUGAGAUCCAGGGAAGUAGAGUUUAUGGGAGCUUUGAACUCCUCUGCUCUCUCUUAAAUUGGAUGCCCAGUUUGAAUAAAUACAUGCCAUGUUUGAACCCUUUCAGUCCAAAUUUCAGCACUUUUAUCCAAAAUCAUCAGAAAUAUUUAAUCAAGAAUCCACAUAUUUGGUUUUUUUUUUGGUUAGCUAAAAUAUUAUGAAAAUUUGAUUUUGAUGAAAGCAACAAGAACUGUACAUUACACUUAUAUUUUCUGUACACUUAGUUUUACUGAAUUUUGACUGAUAAAGUAAUCAGCUCACAUUAAAACAUAUUUGUCAUACAUUUAUUGAUAUAAAUAUAAGUCUACAGUUAUAAAUUAUCUCCUUUUAUUUUGUAUUUUCCCCUCAGAUGUUAAGUAACCAUUUUAUUGAAGAAAAAGUUACCAGAAUAUAACAUGAUGUAUUAUAAUGUGAUAGGCUACUUACUAAUUAGUGAUAUUUUAAUUAGUCUAUAUUUCUCAUAUUAUUAUGUUACUGACCAGAGGCAUGUUCAGAAUACUCGCAAGGGACAGUGAACUAUGACUUCUGAACAUGAACACAUGCCUGAGAGUUUGCAAGUGAACACAGUGUACCAACACACCGAGCAAUUUACCGUCAAAUCCAACAGUACCGCUAAAUGUGAAUACAAUGGAGAGGUUGAUGCUAAAAACUGCAGAUGAGAGUUACAUCCAAAUUGUAAAAAAGAAGCUCUAAGUCAUUAUUUUAGUAUUAUUCUGAACAUGCCCCAGUAGCACAUUGUGGUAGGGGAAGUAACUCUUGUUAAACUCAACUUGUGAUGUGUUGGUGAAUGCUAAAGACAUUCCACUGCUAUUUAAAUAGUUAUAGAUUAGUGAUAGCAGUGUAUCAUCCUCAUCUUGUACGCACUUAAAGUAGUACCAUUCAUCAUUGUAUGUGAUCGACUACUAUUGUAUCAUGUUUUUGUGUAAAAUAUUAUGAGAUUGGUUAAUUCCUACCCGGUUAACCCUUUGACCUCUACACAACUCUUAGCUACUGUGGUAGGUCACAGGACAGGUGCCUGUUUUCAACAGUGGGAAUUUCAGAAAUAUUGCCAGUAUAGUGACAGUAUUAAUGUAGAAGGUGAUGUGUGAUGUAAACAUGUGCAUACCUCUCACAAAUCAGUCAAGGGGACCAGUUACACUUGAGGAAAACUGGAGAAUUUUGUUUUGUUACUUUGAUAAUUUUAAGUAACCACACAAAUAUGGCAGUAACCAUGGUUACCGCAUAAUUAUGUAGUGUGAUCCUACCUACAAAUAUGGCAAUUACCAUGGUUACCACAUAAUUAUGUUGUGUUAUCCUACCUACAAAUAUGGCAGUUACCGUGGUUACCACAUAAUUAUGUUGUGUGGUCCUACCUACAAAUAUGGCCGUAACCAUGGCUACCACAGGACUAAAAGCCAUAGUAAGUACUAAAUUAUCCAGUGUGAUCUUUCCCUAUUAAGUAUAUGACAGGUAUGCACAUGUUGUAAUUGUAUUUAAUGUUCCACGAAUUAAAAUGGAGUUUACAGAAUUGACUCAAAAGUUUUAACUGGGUCUUAUUGUGCAAUUUUUGAACUUUUAUUGCUUGUCAAAAGUACUUGUACAGUGCAUAUGCAUGUAGAAAAUGUCACAAAGAACACUUGUUGUGGACUCUGUUGUUGAAUUAUGCCUGCUGUUGUAACUGCUGUGUUGAAAACUAUAUAUGUUUGUUUUUCAUUCCUGAAACUAAACAAAAUGCAUUAUGUAAGGUCCUUCGUAUUAUUUUGAGUCAAAAUUCCUAAAUGAUGGUAUUUUGGUGCAUUAUUAUGUAAAUGAUCUUCAGUUGAUACCGUCAAAUUUUUGUAGACUUGUAAUCCAGGUCUUAAGAUACUCAUGGAUUGUACAAAAAAAAUAUUGAAAUUACAUGCUUUAUUUUAAUUUGUUUGGAUAAUUUUUAGGAUGAUGGCAUUUUACCACCAGGAAGAUCCUAUAGGGGAUUAAAUCUAGGCGGUGUCAGCUUAUGGGUGAAGUUGGUAUUUGUUUUUGUUGAUACUGACUUGGAUUUGGAUAAACAACAAACUGUAGUGAAGCUGUUCCUUUAUACAAUAAUGUGUCAUAAUUUCAUUGUUUAAAACCACCCAUUUCUUAGUUAUUCAAGAUAUUUUUCAUCAUGAAAUUUCAAGGUAGAAGUACCUUACAGAUUCUAACAAUAUCAGCAAUAAUUUAUUAGGAGUAUCAUGCAUUUAAUCUUUCAAUUUGAACAUUUUAAUUGGACGAUCAGAUUUUAUAUAAUCAGCUUCUGCCAUAUGCUUGAGCAUUCAGUGUCAGUUCGGAGUCUAUUUGACCUUUACAAUCUGCACACACCAUGAACUAAAGUAUAUGUCAGAUGGAAUGGAGUGAUGGAAAUGUCGCAAGAAAUAAAUGAUUUUUACUUAUUUCCAAUGUUUAAAGUGAGUUGAAGUCUUCUACCAUAUAUAUAUAUGGCUGUUUGUGUUAACCCAUUUUGACAGUUACAGAUAACCUGUAUUAAAUAACAGGUGGGCUUGAGGCAUCAUGAAUCAAGGGAAGUAACUAUUGAACUUUGACGGUAUGGUUUUUGGUAUUUCAUAUAAGUAGGGAGAAUUUAAAAGAAAUGUAUAUAUUGUACUCAUCACUGGACUAACAUGUUGAAACUUGCCAUGAAAUGAAAUUAUCAAAUAUGAAAAGAUUUGCUGCUGUUGAAGAUAAAAUCUGUCAAUCAGAAUUGUGAUACAUGUAAAGGUAGGAUGUUACUGAUAAUAUGUUGCUUGUUAAAAAUAAUAAAACUGCAUGUUCCACAGUAAAACUGCACAGAAAUGUGGAAUAUUUGGUUAAGGGGUCAUAUGACACUACCAUUCUGUAAUGCUUUCCUAAGUUUGUUACCAGACUCUGUUAAAAUGCAGUUAAAGUUAAGAUAUGUAUGGUUUCUUAUUCGCCUGUAUGGGCAUUACUUUGGGAAGUUUGUUUGUGUUAGAAAUAUUAAUUUGAUCAUUUUACAUAAUGAUAUAUAAUGCUUCUUAAUGGACCCACUUGUAUCGAACAAUAGAAAAUCAAAGGACCCAUUAAAACUCAUUGUGAAUCCAAAUGUACGAUAAUUGAUUUUAAAAUAAGCUAUGUUGUGUUUGUUAUCUUAUUGUUGUGGUUUAGAUUCAAGGGAGGACUUCAAAUAUUAUCAUGAGUGCUAAUCUAUCAAAAAGCUAUAGUACAAAAGUCAUUUCAUCAAACAAAAUCAACUUCAGUUAUUUCUAUCAUAAUGCUGAAUCCAGGACCCAAACCCUAAUCUACAUAAAAGCAACACAGGAAAAAUAAUAUGUUCAACUGACAAAACAUACUAAUGACAUGUUGGAGGUAUACAAAUUUCAAAAUCAUCAAUUUGAGAUAGUCAUGAAAAAUAUUCAACAAAGCAUAUAAAUCUCAUAAAGUAUACAGUCAUAGAAACCAACAUAUCGUAGGUAUAAAAUAGAUUCAGUACGAUCAUCCUGACUGACAUAACGUAGGUAUAAAAUAGAUUCAGUAUAUAAUGUUACAGAUUUGUCAUCCUGACAGACAUAACGUAGGUAUAAAAUAGAUUCAGUAUAUAAUGUUACAGAUUUAUCAUCCUGACUGACAUAACGUAGGUAUAAAAUAGAUUCAGUAUAUAAUGUUACAGAUUUGUCAUCCUGACAGACAUAACGUAGGUAUAAAAUAGAUUCAGUAUAUAAUGUUACAGAUUUGUCAUCCUGACAGACAUAACGUAGGUAUAAAAUAGAUUCAGUAUAUAUAAUGUUACAGAUUUAUCAUCCUGACAGAUAUAAGUAGGUAUAAAAUAGAUUCAGUAUAUAUAAUGUUACAGAUUUGUCAUCCUGACUGACAUAACGUAGGUAUAAAAUAGAUUCAGUAUAUUAUGUUACAGAUUUAUCAUCCUGACAGACAUAACGUAGGUAUAAAAUAGAUUCAGUAUAUAAUGUUACAGAUUUAUCAUCCUGACAGACAUAACCACAUAUAUAUACUCACACAGUAAACUACGUACAACUACAAAACAGUAUGGUAGUAUUGUUAUUGACGAUAUGUCAAUAAGGCAGUUUGUAGGCUGUAUUGGUACGGUUCUCCUUGAUGUCAUUUUUGGUGACUAAAAUAACUGGAAUUCUUCUUUCCAUGUCAUAUUGAAGGAACAUAACUUCUGAUAGUACAAGGUUGUUAUUAAAAUUGAAUGUAAAAUAAAAUGUAAAUUCAACAUCUGUG